AUGGAAAGCGUCAAAGCUGCUAUUUCCGAACUCGAGAAUGGCCUCCCAAGUCCUAGGGAGCGCGGCGUCGCGGGUCUCGACGCGUCCACCGCCCAACUGUCAACGAUUGAAACGAUUCUUAAACUUUCAACGAUCUCGCCGUUAACGUUCAAACGUCUUGCUGAGGCUUUGAGGACUGGGCUACAGCCUCUCUAUACGGAGCAACUUCAGUUGACGCUGCGUCUGUCUCUGAGUAUCUUCCAGACAAUUCAGGACGAGAAGAUCAACCAGCUCGUCGGGAAUGGACAUGCAGGUAUUAAGGAAGGCUGGGAAAUGUCUCAAGCCGCUAUCAUUGCUGGAAUCUUGGAUUACUUGGAGGAGGAUUCUACGGUUAAAGCAAAGACUGCCGUUGCAACGGCUUUUCAAUCGUUGCUCUGUCGCCUGUACUUCUCGUCUACCAGGAACGACCGCAUAGAAGGCAACAGUGACCUUCUAACUAGCGUUUACAUGCUUCUGUCCGACAUUGCUUCUGGGAACGCGGAGGUCGCAUCCAAUUUACGCAGGGCGACAUUGCUGGGAGGAACCCGCCUUGGUUUCACUAUCUGGAAUACACGAGAAUUUCUCCCUCUCGAAGCGUUACUGGAGCUAUUCGCGAACCUCCUUCCUUCGGCCAAGGGCACUGGGAAAGAGAAGCGCCUUCCGUUCAUUCAACAAGUCUUCAACCCAUCCAUCUUUGCUUGCUCUUCGAAGAUCGUCGAUGUCCUCCAGUCGGGAAAAACCUGGGAUGACAUUGGAACUGAACUUAUGGAUUCCCUUGCUUCGGCCAACCUCGCCUUCCCCCAGCCAUUCCAGACUGCUUUCCUGACCAUUGGCAAGGGCGAAGAGAAGGCAACCGAGCGCAUAUACGUCGAUUCGAAGGUGUUUCUGAUGAACGUUCAAGAGGGAGAAAGUCUUGACGUGUUAACUAUCGACUACAACACUGUCAUAGACAUUGAGAUGACCCCAUCGUUGGGGAAAGGCAUCACUGUCAACGUCUCGUUGACUCGACCCCCUCUCAUUGGAAAGAACAUGAUGGAAGCAAGCCAAAGGAACCAUACCGCGCACUGGGUGAUCAAGAACACCGACAAGGAACGUUUCAUUUCUGCUCUGAAGGAGCGAGGGCUUUCGGUGAAGCAGACCAAGGAGGACUACUCCAGGAAGUUAUCGAUUGCUAAGCAAAUUGCCCUGGAUGGAACCAAGAACGCGUCACCCCCGCGUACCACGCAGGAAAAGGUGUCCGUCAUCAAGCAAUUAUGGGACCAAUCAACGCCAGGCGAACACCACGCCGCCUCAGAAGACUCCCUCCCCGUAGGGUCCAUUCUCCCUCCUGCAUCUGGCGAGUUGCUCCUCCGCUCCGCCGAGAAGCCUCCCCAGACGCUGUUCAUAGACAACGAGGGCAAUCUCAGUGCAGUCCCCGCCAAGGCGGUGUCUCCUGCUGCGAAAUUGAAGACGGAGAAAGGAGAGGGGGGGAAGACCGUACCAAAGUCCACACUGCCCUUGGCGACCGAGCCAAAUGUUCAACCUUUGAAGAGCGGUAAACGUUCCAAUCCCGUGAUCCUUUUGUCGGACGACGAAGUCGACGAAGGAGGCUCACCCGAAUUCACACCCAGUCCAGCUCCAAAGCGGCCAAAGAAGGCGCUUCCGAAAGUCGCCCCUACUCCUCCCAGUGAACCAAAGACUCGCCAAGCGAAGAGGAAAGCCCUGGAGAAUCUCCGUACCAAGGAAAACCUUCAGACGGGUCAGGUUGGCGCGGCUCGGGAUGGAUCCCCUUGCCUUGAAGGGAAGAAGCGAAAGCUAGACGAACCUGCAACUGCGGAAACGCCAGUGAAGAGGCUCCGCUCGUCCGAUACCCCAGAUGUUCAAAAGGAGAACUUUAUCUUUGCACCCGUCCCUCUCAGGGCCAAUGCCCGAUUCACCGUCGCGUCGAAGAAACCUCAGGACCGUCCGAAACCGACCUUGGCCACGCCCGCAACGUCAGUCCCUCGAAAAGCUGCAAUGAAGAAUAGGGCAGGAAAAGCGAAGGAAAUGAAGCAGCCGACGCGUGCGUCCAAUCGAGCUAAGGCAGCUUCCGAGAAGAAGCAGCCCGCAAUCAAGGUUAAGCUGGAGGUUCAGGAUGACUCGGCACCCCUUUUGCUCCCCGAGUCGGAGGACACCAUUCCACCGAAAGCGGAGCGAGUCCGCGGGCGACGACAGGUCGACGUUAAGCAAGAAGUGCGGGACGAAAAGGUUCGCCUGACUUCCGAACCAGGAAGCGACCAUCUCGCCUCUCGCAGUCACGCAGGUGAAAAUGCAGCCAAAACCUCGUCAAAGCUCGCCGCCCAAUUAAAAGACUUUCCGAGCCGUCAGCAGAGAAAGAAGAAGAAGGCACCAUGGGAGUCAGACUCAUUCAUCCAGAAGAUCAAGCAAGAGUCGACGCCCGAGCCAUUCGAGCUCUCUGAGCGAGACCGUGAUCUUGAGCGACCCUCGAUGGAGGUGUUGCCCAAAGAACCAGUGGAAUCGAUUCCUGCUCUCGAACAGGGCAGCAGUGAUGACUAUGAAGGAGACACGAAAACAUUUGUCGAAGAAUAUAUGGUCCCUACCAAGACCGGUAACUCCAGUCCCGACAUAAUCCUCAGCGAAAUCAACCAGCCUGAGAGGCCCGAGACCCCAAAGGACAUGAUUGUAACCAUGAUCGACCUAACACACUCCCCUACACCUGAGAAACAAGCCGUUGUCGCUAAACCCAAGCCCAAACCCAAACGUCUUUCUGAGAUCGGGAUCCAAGCAGGGACUACAUCACAACUUGAACUAAUGAAGCACGAGUCCCCGCUUCCAGCUCGUCCAGUCUGCGAGAAGCAAGAGGUCGUCCCUCCCUCUCCACCUGCGGCCAGGAAAGCAGACACUCUGAAAGUUCCCGUUCCCAAGGUCACUUUCCAAGACUUGCCUAAGCCUGCUAUGUCAGAGGAUCCUGCUGGAACCCGCUCGAAGUUAUCUGUGGAUGGUGAUCAAUCACGUAAGAGGGACGAUGUCAGUCCUUUCCGAACCCAGCGUCACGAAGAGAGGUCUGGAACGGCGGAUCGUCAUGCGAAGCAGAGGCAGGCAGCGUUGGCAGUGCUGGAAGCUGAACAGGCGAAUGAAGCUGUUAUUGAGGCGUUGAACAAGAUCCAUAAUGAAUUGAUCAAAGCAGUCAUCGGUAGAUUUGAUUCAACAUCUCAAGAAGCUCGACGCAGCAAGAUGUCGAUUUUGCGAAGCGCUGCAGAGCAUCUGGAAGUCCUGCGCAUCGACUCGUUAGUCCCAUUCACUCCCAACCUGUUCGAUGACUGGCUGGCUCACAAGUUCGUUUCAAGUGCUCGUCAUUUCAAUGCCUUUGUGGAUCUCGAGGCGGACUACGCCGCUCGACGUAAAAAGAUUUCAGAUGAGAUCGAGUCGUUCCAGAAGGCUGGUAAUCGUGCCACCAACGCUGUCAAGGCUAUCAUCAAAACCCACAACCAGAACGGAUUGUCGAAGAAAUUCCCGACGUCCCUAUUCCCUAAACCAUUCUCGGCCAAGGCUCACAGGCGUUGA